CAAAAUCAAUUUUGGUUCUGGUCACUCAAUUUCCUUUGUUCAGCCGCGAGUGAAAUUUUUCAUCAGAAAUUGAAAAUAUUUAGAGUUUUUAUUUUUGGUAUGGUGUUGAUCAAUCACUUUGACCGUUCCUCGGAAAUGGAAAGUUAAUUUGUAAGCUGUGGCGACAAUUUUAGUAUUCAAUAUAGAGUAUUUAGAACUUCACCAUUUUAAAGAAACGCUUCUUUCAUGUCCAUUCGUGGAGCGUUUACACCGCACGAGUUUCGAAACCUGGACAAGGAGAAAGCAUGGAGGCUGCUGGAAAAAGGUCUGGCCGAGAUGUUCGGCACGGGGCUUUUCGUCUGCAUGGGCUGCAUGGGUACACUCUCCGACUCCAAAGGCGAAUACCUGGAUUAUCUGGGCGGCGUCCUAACUUUUGCUUUUGCGAUUGCAACAUCUGUGAUGAUCUUCGGACACAUUAGCUGUAUAAUCAAUCCCGCACUGGUAGCAGCUGACGUGAUUCGUGGAGAAAAAUCUUUAUUCAUGUUUGUUUACAUCACUGUAAUGGAGUGUUUGGGAGCUUUCCUCGGCUACGCAUUACUACGGGUAUUGGUCGCGGAUGAUCUCCUUGGCGGGACAAGUGGCUCUUUCUGCUGUACAGCCAAAGACGUGCGCGUGACGUCUCUGCGUGCCAUGGGGGUCGAGAUGCUUAUCACUGCAAUACUCUGCCUGCUCUUCUGCAGCGUCCAAGACCCGAAAAACUCGGACCGCAACUCCACUGUCGCCCUCAAAUUUGGCUUCGGCUGCUUUGCUCUCCUAUUACCAUCGGUGCAUUACGCGAGCAGCAGUAUGAACCCAGCAAGGAGUUUUGGCCCGGCGCUAUACAAUAAUCAUUGGAAAGACCAGUGGAUUUACUGGGUUGGUCCGAUGUCAGGUGCAAUCAUAUCAGCUGUUAUAUACAUGCUAUUAUUUGCACAACACUUUCCUCGUAGUAAGAGAGAAAUUCGGCCAAAUUCACACAUAUAAGAAUUUUCAAACCAAAGAAACUCAAUGUGCUUAAUUAUUUAAAAUUGAAAAGUCCAUAGCAAGCUCAUGGCUUUCGCAAAAAAUGGAACAGCCUUGAUUACGAAGAGAAGGACAUAGGACAAAGUUCUCUAAAAUAAAUUGUUUCUGUUCUGGCUCGAAAACUCUAAAAUAGUGUAACUGAAUCGAGGAGAGAGAGAUAUCCCAAAUUUAAAAAAAGGAGAAGAACAAAAAGUUGUAAGUUUCUAGGGGUAAAAAGUAAGUUAAAAUUCAACAAUAUGUUUCACCCGUUUUAUUAGUUUUUAUUGCAUAAUAAUUGUAAGUCGGUGAAAUUCUAACUCUUUACCUCAUGAUUUCCUGACUCAAAAAAAAAAUAUCUGAAAUAUAUUAUUGCGGUUAGUUGUCUUCUCCGAGACGAACUUCA